AUGACACAAGUCAUCUGUCACGACUUGAACGAGGUCUGGGAUGACAUUAGCGAAUUUCUGGAUCAGGAGAAUUUCCGUUGUGGUGAGGUCAGCCGACUGGCAUUCUCUCCACUUGAGACGCCGACAGUCGCAAUGCUCACAAGAGCACCACCACGAGUACAUGAUCAACCCGUACGAGAACCGCCGAUAACCCUGGCCAUGCCACCACCAAGUCUUGCGUGCACCACAUUUGCCUCUUCGGCCCCGUUACCACCACCAUCCAGGCCAUUCCUACCCUCAACUUGUGCCUUAGCUUCUAUGCCUCCCACUACAAGCUGUUCCCUACUACCAACCACAUCAGCUGUUUCUACUGUAACCUCGAUUCCAGCGUACUAUGCUCCUCAACAGUCAUUGUCAGCUUUACAACCAUCUAUGCCCAUUAAGGAAGAAUCCCCACCAUCUAGUCCCGAGAUACCGUACACUAGCACCGACUCAACUACUUAUUCUCCAAGUCCAUUGGCAAACAGUUUACCAGAUUUGAAUAUGCCAGUUCAAAGAAUCCGAAAAGCAAGCAGAUAUUUUUAUACAGUUAAUGAUUCUGAAGUAUCUUUUGCCUAUGAACAUAUGGACGAGAAACGCUGA